UUAUGGUACUCGUAACCACUUUUACCAUGGACUUUUAAACUUUUAAUAAACGUGAUAAAAUCGAGAAAAUACCUCAUCCAGAUCCACACUGCGCGGAAUUUAUCUGAAGAAAAAACCCUAAACAGUUGCUCGUUGCUGUCACAAUAGGAAAAGAAUAAAAACGAAUGUCAAACAGUCAAUGUUUUUUCUCAAGAAUAUUCUAUUAAUAUAGAGAUUUUUAAUACCAACAAGUUGUGAAAAGUGACUUUAACUAAGAUACGGAAAACACAUUAUGCAUUUUCAUCCCUUACUUUACAUAUCAAAUUUGUUUAAUUGGAUAUUUUCUCCAGUGUGUGUUUUCUUAAAACGAAUAACACAUCCUUUGGUUAAAUGGAUAUUGAGAAGGACAACUGGUUUGUGUGAAUUACAAAGAACUUGUUACUGUGAACCAGGAGGAGCACCAAGAAUUCUUGGAAUAGAGAACUCGCUGAAAAAAUCAAAGAGUGAAAAAGUUAAAACACUCCUGCAGUUUUUAGAUCAAGCAGCUACUGAAAAAAGGUUUACCACGGCUGGAUCAUCAAAAAUUCUUAAUAACACGGUGGAAACUAUAUGCUGCAUAAAACAAAUUCGGCUUGAUGUCCAUCAGCCAUUUAGUAAACUGUUUGGAGAAUGUGUUUCUGUAAUAUGGAAUUUAAAACAGCUUUUGCUUGACUUAGAAAGCAUUAGAACUACUGGUUAUGAUUCUUCUAAUAAAGAACAUGAGCAAAAGUUACUGGAAUUGUGGAGUCUUCUCAUGCCUGCCAGGGAGCUAGAAUCUCGUGUGAGCAACUUAUGGAAAGACAUUGGAUUUCAGGGAGACGACCCCAAAACCGAUUUCCGCGGCAUGGGAAUUUUAGGAUUGGACAAUUUGCACUUUUUUGCUCAAAACUAUCCGGAUAUUGCUCUUCAAGUGCUAUCUCAUUCCAAUCAUCCUAAACAUGGGUACUCGUUUGCCAUAGUAGGAAUCAACCUAACCCAUUUAGCGUACAAUUUAUGGAAAGACGGUACGGCUAAAACCCACAUUUACAACCUAUGUUAUCAACAGCUGCAACUUCCUGGUCCUACACUAUUGCACUUCCAUCGUUUUUACUGCUACCUCUUCAUUGAGUUCGAUAAGCUAUGGAUGGCUGAAAAGCCCCCCACAAUCAUGGAAUUUGGAAGAAUAAGGAGCUUAUUCGAAAACAAUAUCCGAUCACUACUAUCCGAUCCGCAAUGUCUUUUAAAAUUAAAUAUUCCAGUUGAGCAUGUUUAAGGGCGCAACAAAAAAUCUGGUCAGUUAUUUUUUCCGCAUAUUAACGGCGUUAAAAAUGUAUCCUGUUAUCGUAUCUUGUCUUACACAUACAAUUUGUACAACCCUCA